AUGCCGUCCGUGGAGACGAUUAGUCACCGUGAGGGUGGGAUGCGCAGUGAGGGAUUGCAGGAAUCAACAGACUCAGGACGUAAACUACCACAUUCCGUGACACAUGGGAUGGCGCCUGCAUCGUCUUCUUGGUUGCCGUUGGGUAUGAAAGAGACAAUCCACCAAUGGUGGCAUAAGGCGCCUGCUGCAGUGGCCGAACACAAAGUCCUCUCUUCUAUACCCUAUCUUCAAGAAGCUCCUACCCAACGACAGACCGGUAAUACCGCAAGUGCUCCAAACUCACCCAGUGCGACCGACAGUCUACAGGCAGUCGAUCCCAGCCAAACCGGUGACGAGGUUGUCAACUCGAACAACGACCCAUAUGGACCCCGCCGCUGGCGCUCCCGAAUGGUCGAGCUGAGUGGCAAAAAUCGAGCUCUGAAUGAGUUCUCUGUGGAACGUGUCGGUGAGGAGACCGACCAAAAUCUGGUCAUGCUACAUGGAUAUGGUGCUGGGCUAGGAUUCUUCUAUAGAAACUUCGAGCCAUUGAGUCGCGCCAAAGGUUGGCAUCUCUACGCUUUGGAUAUGUUGGGCAUGGGCCGCAGCACGCGUCCGCCUUUCAAGAUCAAAGCUUCAGAUCGCCAGGAAGCCAUCACAGAGGCAGAGAAUUGGUUCAUUGACGCCCUUGAAGAAUGGCGCGUCAAAAGCAAGAUUGAGCGCUUCACGCUUAUGGGCCACAGCAUGGGUGGUUACAUAGCUGCGGCUUAUGCCCUCAAAUACCCGGGGCGCCUGAAUAAGUUGAUUCUCGUUUCGCCAGUGGGAAUUCCCGAGGAUCCGUAUGCGGUGAACGAAGCGAUGCCGACUGAUUCGACAGAAACCAGUACCAAUGGAAGGACGCCACCUCGUCUACCGCGCCUCGUCACUUACCUCUGGGACGCCAAUGUCUCACCUUUUAGCUUAAUUCGCUGGUCCGGUCCGUUUGGCCCAGGUCUCGUGUCGCGCUGGACCUCUCGACGAUUCUCACAUCUACCAUAUGCAGAGGCGUCAGCUUUGCACGACUACACAUAUUCUAUUUUCAGACUUCGCGGUAGUGGCGAGUAUGCGCUAACAUAUCUCUUGGCACCAGGGGCCUUCGCACGAAGUCCUUUGAUCCGUCGAAUCCAAGGAAUUGGCCGACAGGUCAUUCGGCCUGAUUCGCCUGCCGCAUUGACAUCGGCAUCUGAUCCAUCUGCAGUUGCAGCAACUGCCUCUCAGCCGCAAAAAGAAAACGGCAUACCUGUCGUCUUCAUGUAUGGUGAUCACGACUGGAUGGACGUCGCCGGUGGGUUUGCAGCCAAAGAGAAAUUAGAAGAGGAAAAGCGUCGUAUAUUGAAAGACGCUACUCCCGAAGAACGUGAGGCGGAUAAUGGUUCUGCCAAAGUGUAUAUUGUCAAGAACGCCGGCCACCAUCUCUACCUCGAGGGAGACGAAGAGUUUAAUGAAAUAAUUUUGAAAGAGAUGGAGGACGUCCGACGACGAGAAGCGAAACGUCAAUCAUAG